GCGUCGACCUCCGGGUCUGCUGCAAGGCCCGGCACCGGCGCCUCCCCACGCGGCUCGCCAGCUUCACCAACCACUUCCUGCUCCUGCGGGAGGCGUCCGCGCCGCUGGACGCCCUCCGGGUCCUGUCCAGCCCCCCACGCCAGGAUGCUCCACACAUGCCCUACAGUCCCCAGUACGACGACGACGGGGAGGACUACUCCUCUGAGGACGUCGAAAUGUGGAUCCGCGCCGCCAUAAACCGCAGGGCUCGCUUCAUCCAGCUCAGCCAUCACCCAAGGGACGACGACCUCUCCGACCUCGACAACGUGCCCCUCGUCUCCUGCCACCUCAAGCACCUGCAUCUGUCGGGCACAAUGCUGUACGACAAGACGCUGAGGCAGCUCUCCUCUCAGUGCCCUUCUCUGCAAGUCCUGGAGCUCAAGGACUGCUCCCUGGAUGGCCCCCACAUAUCAUCUGCCUCCCUUAUCACUUUGACCAUGGUCGAGUGCAGGAUCAUCAGGGACCUCACCGUCGCUGCUCCCAACCUCAUAUCGCUGCGCUGUGUCAAUCCAUACCACCAUGCUCCCUCGUUCGAAGACAUGGCUUCCCUGGCCACAUCCACAAUCAUGCUUAAUGACUCUUUCUUGCAUGAUGAGUUUGAAGAGAGGUACGCAGUGCCCGAUCCAGAGGUGUUUGAGUGUGACAGCGACUCAAAUGAUGACAGCGACGCUGAUAGCGACUUGAGUACAUGUGAUGAAUUCUAUGGUGACAAAGUUUUAGGUGGCCAAAAUGUUAUCCGCAGCCUGUCGAAUGCUACAAGUUUGGAGCUGAUAGCUGAUGCCGAAGAGGUAAUUCUGAAUAGGGAAUUGGAGAUGUGCCCAGUUUUUAGCAACCUGAAGGUGUUAUCCCUUGGUGAAUGGUGUAUGGCUGCUGACUUGCAUCCAUUAGUUUUGUUCCUGCAGCAUGCUCCAAAUCUCGAGAGGCUUUUUCUUAAACUCAAAACGGAACAUGAGGAAAUAGAUGACGAUAUCAAACCCGAGGGUACAUCAUUUGCUUGCGAAAACCUUACAAUGGUCAAUAUAAAAUGUCCCAAGGAUGAUGAAAGAGUUCCUGUGUUAGCACAGUUCUUCGUGGCUAAUGGCAUAGCGAUGGAAAAGAUAUCUGUCAAUCACCGACCGACUCACCAACCUCGCCUUUCCUUGGCCAUAAGACGCAGAUGGGCUGCCGUGUAGGAACUGCAGACUUGGCGAUGAUUCUCUCAUGCGGCACAGAUCAUGGCGGCAGCAUGGAACAGAGCUUCUGAUAUGCUUCAUUUGAGUAGCUCUGAAGUCGGAACUAUGUGUGCCUCUAUGAAACCCUUGAAAGUCGAGACUGUUUUUCUCUAGCGUUGUGAGUUAGCAUUAUUAUAUAUUGAUCAAGGUCGGUUUCGUCCUUAGACAAGUACUAUGAAAUGAUGUUACCAUGGUAUUGUGGAAUGUUCAUACUAACCAUGACAUUAUUGUGGAAUG